AUGAAGCCACGUUGCUUUCACAGGAGACGUAGGAGAUGCGAGGGAGACGUUGUUCUCUUUUUCACGAGAGAAAUAUGCUUGUUGUUCGUAGGACGCACGCUGAAUGGACAACCGUUACUAGAAUUCCCAAUGUCGAGCGGAGAGCCCGCCUUGGAACCGCUCAGGAUCAAGAGAGCAACGCUUUGGACGAGAGUCGAAUUCAGGCACGGUCAUCAUUAUCAACGUAAUCGACAGAGUCAAACUAAUCAGAGAAAUAUUACUCUGUGGGUGUUCAGAGUACGUUGCGGCAAUACGACGCAUUUGCGUGGAAAGGAACUCGGCCAAUACCUGGAAAUGGUCACGUCCCUUGGGGUGAACGUCGGACAAUUGGGUUGGCUGAAAUUCGACGUUACCAAAGUUGUGAACAGUUGGUACACCACGAAUCGGGAUACCGCGAGGGAUAAAUUGACGUUGCUCGUCGAUUGUACCGGAUGUGGCUCGCACGUCUACGUAUCCACGUUCGACGGGCACUCCCCGCGCGUGAUCGAAUCGCCAUCUUUAAACGGCAAAGGUACUCAAGAUCCGGAUAGGCCUUUCCUCGUCGUACGUACGGAUCCGGCGGCUGUGAAACGGGUUAGAAGACGGGCGAUCGAAUGUAGCGGCGCUAUAAAGGGCCAAUGCUGUAAACAAAGGUUCUACGUCAACUUUUCUCAACUCGGUUGGGACGAUUGGAUAAUCGCACCCCAAGGGUAUUACGCGAAUUACUGCAGGGGAGAUUGCGCGGCUGGCCACAGAACGCCGGACACUUUCCUCAAUUACUACACCCACGUGAUCGAGGAAUACAGGAAGAUGGAUCGACUGGCCGGUAUGCAGCCUUGUUGCGCUCCUCUCAAGUUUUCCCCAAUGUCGUUGAUCUACUAUGGUCCUGAUUCCAACAUCAUCAAGAGAGAUUUACCCAAGAUGGUGGUCGACGAAUGCGGUUGUCCUUAAAAACAUCUAGCUCUCUUUUUCUUCCGUCCUUUCUUACUUCCUUCCUUCCUUCCUUCCUUCCUUCCUUCCUUCCUUCCUUCCUUCCUUCCUUACUUCUUUUCUUCUUUCUGUCCAGCUCCUCUCGUUUUACGAACGGUUCGAUCAAAUCUUCUAUAUCUGACCGCGUUUAUCGUGUUACCAUCGUCGUGAUAUGUCAUGGUAUACGUAGCGUUUUGUGCGUAUUUCGUCUUGUCGGAACACGACUACUCCAAUUAGCUCGAUCUCGAUAUUCGAUAAGAUAAGAAUCGACGCGUUCUUAUUCCCGAUCGGUGGCAAAGCGGAACGAAUUAUCGGUUUUAGAUGAACGGCUAGAAUGAACCGACGAUCGUUCGCAUUCCCGAUCAAUCGGAGAGUAUUUAUCGAAGAGUAACGAGCAAAAAAGGAUCGAGAAAAAAAGGGGGAAAAAAAAAAAAGGUAAAAAAGGGGCCGCGAUUCGACUUACCUUAUCUUCGUCGACCUCCAUGUUUUCUAACUUAAUAACUAUUUGGCUUAGUUUCGUUAAGAUAAAUCGUUCGCGCCGUUUAAAAUCUAUAAAAUAUCCAUCUUCAAAGAAAGGAAGAUAUUAUGAUAAUAAUAAAUAAACGAUAAAAGAUAAAUGUGCGUAUGUGCGUGCUUGUUCGUUCGUUCGUUCGUUCGUUUGUUUGUGCGCGCGAGUGUAAGUACUUAUAUAUAGAUGGAUGAGUAAAAGCAUGAAAGUAAAGUAAAAACGCGAGAACGGUGCGAACGAACGACCAUAAAUCGAUCGGAAAUAAGAUUUCCGAUCGUCUCGAGAGACGAUUAUCGUUAUUAAAGAAAAAAAAAAAAAAAAUGUUCCGAUUCGUUUCGUAUUGUUUCUAACGGUGGUUGAAAAUUAAUUCAAGGUGCUCGUGGUAAGAAGAAGAGGAUUACUUAGAUUCAGAUUGAAUUGAAUAACAAACUUCUUACCAAGAGUCUUUGAUCCUUUGUGAGAAGGUAUAAGAAGAUAAGAUAUGAUAAGAAAAAAAAAAAAAAAAGAAAAAGGAAUAAAAAGCGAAAGAGAACGAGAAACGGAGAAAGAAACUGAUGAAAGUAACGAAAGUGAUCCCAUAUUUACGAUUUAUGUAUUACAUAUGUAUAUUAUAUACACAUAUACACAGACACACGAGGUGAUUCAGCCGAGUAUAAAUAUUUAAAUACGAAAAGCGUAAAAUUUAAGUGUAAACUAUAAAACUCAAUCUGAUUGCCUUGUUUUAUAUGCGAAAGUAUAAUACGUUAGAAAGUAUCAUUGAAACCGGUUUGAAAAGUGUCGGUGAAACGAUUUAAAUUGAAAAAG